AGCUAGUACAAGGUAUUUGCUGCUGAUCAAUAUUGCACACCCAAUUGAAGGUCGACGAGGGUUUCAAGCAUGGCGUCCAAGGGUCUCAUUGUGUUUGCUGUCCUGCUGCUUGCUGCGUCUUUCCUCGCGGCCACAGCUGAACAAACUCAGGCCAAGAAGGAGACCCAAGCCGGUGUUCAGGUCGGCUACGACGGCGGCGGUGGCAGUGGCGAUGGCAACGGGUACGCUGGACACGCUGCCGGAGCCAUCCGCUGCUGCCGGCACAACUGCUACAGGCGUACUAGCUGCCGCUGCUGCACCCCCGACGAGAUCGCGGAGGAGGUCCGCCACUAAGUGCUAGAUGCAGCUACCUGCGUAGUAUAUAUAGGUACUAAUACUACCGUUGCUAGUUGCAAGCACAUAGUAACUACUCGUAUACAUGGUCAAUAAGACGAUAGGUGCAUGCAUGCAUGUAUGUACUCCCUCCGUUCCUAAAUGUAAGUCUUUCUAGAGAUUCCACUGGAUGGACUACAUACGGAGCAAAAUGAAUGAAUUCACACUUAAAAAAC